AUGGAACAAUCCAGCGAGAGAAACAAUCAGGUCGGCGAUAUCGCAAGUCCAGAUGAGGCACCGAAGAUGGUAGACGAGGGGAGGGAGACGGACAUUCCGCAGCACCAGUCCGAUACAAAUCCCUUCCUCGAAGAGGAGGAGGAGGAACAAUUAUCAGUUGACGAAGCAGAAGCUAAAACGCCUCCAGACGAACCGAAAACAGCCGACGAAAUCGACCAACUCAGCGGCGAUUCUACGAGUCCACAACAGGAACCUGAGAUUCUUGAAAACGCUGCACGAAAUGACCCACCCGGAGUGCUUGAUUUGCUAUCAAAAGACGGCAAUGCUCAUGCCAUCUCUGAGGACGGCAAGUCCUUCUUGGAGCUCCUGGUUGAGAACCCUGGUACCACAUUGGACAUCCUUAAAUCAGACCUCGAGCGGAUGAGGAAUGACCAGAGCAGAGAUUGGAGUGCUGUGAAGCAAAAGGCACUGGCUGUCGCCUUGGAGAAGCUGGAUGUUGAUUUCGCAAGACUCUUGAUUGAAGAGGGGGCGCGGAUAACCCAAAGUCGUGAGGAUGAGCGCUGGCCGCUUUGCCAUGCGGCUUGGAACGAGAGAGCAGAUAUCGUGUCUCUGCUCUUGAAACAUAAUGCGAAUAUAAACGAGCAAGACGAUGAAGAAUUGUCUGCGUUGGACAACGCUCGCCGAUUCGGCUAUGAGGGAAUCGUUGAUGGUUUGCUUGCCCAUAAACCGAAACCGAAAAUCGACAUCACUGAUGACAGCGGCAUGAUGCCUCUAGUCACGUCCAUUUAUUAUGACCGUACUGACAUCAUGGAGAAGCUUCUAGCCAACGGAGCAGAUCCUAAUGAUACACCUGACAGUGCUUGGACCCCUUUAAACCCAGCAUGUGAGAUUGGCAACAAAGAAAUAAUAGAGUUGCUCUUAGCCCGCAACGGAAUAGAUAUCAACAAGGAGGAUAAUAAGGGUCGAUUCCCGUUGGCUGAGGCUUGUUCAAGUGGUUACAGGGAAAUCGUUUCAUUGCUAUUAGCCCACAAGAGCAUAAAAGUCAACAGGAAAGACAAUCAUGGCUGGACUCCCUUGAUAUACGCCUGUCGAUCUGGCGACACUAAGCUGGCGGAGUUGUUUUUGGAUGCAGAAUCACCUGCGGAUAUUGACAUGCCUGGAAAUGAGAGCCAGACACCGUUGUCAGUGGCUAGCGAAUUAGGAUAUUGUGAAAUUGCCAGGAAGCUGGUCCAGCAUGGGGCGCGUGUGGAUACUGCAAGUGAUAAAGGAUGGACAGCAUUGCACUACGCAAGUUAUUAUGGUCAUACUGAUGUUGUACAACUACUCAUGGACAAUGAAGCAGCCUUAGACUCGCGGAGUCAUGGCGGUUGCACUGCGUUGCAUCUUGCUAGUCAGCAAGGGUACGUGGAGGUCGUUAAGACACUUUUUAAGAGACCCGCGCAUCUCGGUGAAGUUGUUGAAUGCCCAAGACAACGAAGAUUCGACAGCCCUGCAUAUGGCUGUCUUCCACAACGGCAAGACGACCAAGCUUGA